CUGAUUCGUAGUCCAGCACAUUAUCCACUGAGCCACAACCGCCCUAUACAGUAUAUUCAUUUUUAUACGUAAUGUGAUAUUUCUAGAUAAUGUUGUUGCAUCAAGUAGCAUUUUACCUCUGACGGACUUUCUGUCAAAUAUUGAAGUAAUUUGACUAUUUUUUUUUACUUAAAAGGUUAGUCCACUAGUUGAAUUUGUAGAGAUGCAUUUUGUUAACAGUAGCUAAAGCUCUUAAUAAAUGUAGAGUGGAGUACAAAUAAAUUAUCUCCCUUUUUAGAUGUAGUGGAGUAGAAGUAUAAAUAGCAUAAAUUGAUUUUCAUUAUUCUACUAAUACGAUAUUAAAACAAACAAUUAAUGAAAAAACAUUCAAACUCAAUUAGUAGAAGCUGGAGGGCAUACAAUUAUAGCUGAUAACGAAAAUAGACGUUAUUCACCUAAAGUACCUCAAAAUUGUAUUUAAGUCCAGUACUUGAGCAAAUGUACUCAGUUACUUCCCACCUCUGUUCUUUGGAAUGACGUCGUUCAGCUUCAGGGUGUUUCUUAGUCGUUCUUUCGAAGCAACCAUCAGAUUUAAUUUCAGCGACAGUGACCACGUUGUUUUUUUAUCUCGUCAGCAAACCACGGUUGAGGAGCAGAGUCGCAUCGUGCAGCUGGAGGAGGAGCUGAGCCUCCGGAGGGCGGAGAUGGAGAACCUGCAGGUGAAGCUCCGAGGGUCCGACUCCCAGCAGGAGGACGGCGACGAGGCCCCGGGGUCCGAGCCCGAGACCCUCGUCCUGCGAGUACAGCUGGCCUCUGCGGGCCGCGAGCACAGCAAGGAGAGCAGCGAGCUGAGGGAGAAGCACGAGGCGGAGCUAGAGGAGAGGCGGCAGGAGGUCGCUGAGCUGAGGGCCGAGCUGGAGAACAAGAGCCGGGAGCUGAGCGAGGUGAAGCUGAAGGUCCAGGACGCAAACAGGGAGAACGUGGAGAUGAUGGACACCUGGAAGGAUAAAUUUGACUCCUUGGUGGUCCAGCACCAGCGCUCCCUGGAGGACCUGAAGGCCUCUCUGUCCGGGGAUCACCCCGCGGCAGGAGGCCCCGAGCAGGCCUCUCUGGAGAGCCUGAAGACGGAGCACCAGCUGGAGGUGGAGAACCUGAAGGCCAAACACAAGAUCGAAGCAGCCAUCCUCACCAAGGAGCGCGAAGACUUCUGCACCCGCCUGACGGAGGCCAAAGAGCAGCUGGACAAGGGGAGCCAGAGCUGGAGGAGCGAGGUGGAGGCCAAGAGCAGCAGGAAGGCCCUGGAGGAGGCCGGAGAGAAGCUGCAGAGGGCGGAGCGACGGCUGGCCGAGGUGGAGAAGAUCCACAUGGAGAAGGACAGGAACUCAGAGGAGCUGAGAGAGAGGCUGGAGCUGUCGGAGAAGAAGAUGAGCGACUACCAGGCGCUGCAGAAGGCCCAGGCCGAGAGCCAGCAGGACAUCCAGAAGCUGGAGGAGCAGCUGAGGGUGACGGCCAAUCAGCUGCAGGCAACGCAGGCCGACCGCUACACCUCCAACGAUGCUAACGUGAUAGAGGAUAACGACAUUACAGAAGAGAAGAUGAAGCUCAAACAGAAUGUCGAAGAAACGAGGAGAAGGCUUGAUGGUAAAAUCUGUGUGAGAAAGAUGGUGACGACCCUCACUUCCCAGGUGGAUUGCUUUCAUUAA